GAUGUUCUCCGCUGAGGUGAGGUGAGGGGAGAGUGGUGGGAAUGUUUAGGUGCUGCUGGUAGUUCAGUUUAGUUGAAUUUAGUUGAGUUCAGUUGAGUUGGUGGAUUUUAAGGCCUGAAGUGACCGGAUUCUGUAGUUUCUGCUGGAGAGAGAGAGAGAGAGAGAGAGAGAGAGAAAGAGAGAGAAAGAGAGAGAGAGAGGAUGAGGAGCUCAGUGUUCAGGGUGUUACUCUCUGCUGUUGUGGCCUGGCAGACCUUCACUGCUGCAUCAGGCUGUGAGGGAGCGGAGUGUGUUGGUAUUAAAGGGUCCGGGAGGCCUGAUCAACACAGCGAAUUCCUCAAUCGCUUUAAUGAAAUGAAUCCGACUGCAGACCAGCAGCUCCACCGCGACCCUGGAGCUGUGUUACCUUUUAUUGGGCUGACUGGAAGUGCUAAGCAGAGCCGUAACUGCUGUAAGAACGGGGGCACGUGCAUCCUGGGAAGUUUUUGCGCCUGUCCGAAACACUUCACUGGGCGGAGCUGCGAAUACGACGAGCGCGCCAGGAAUUGUGGAGUUAUUCCUCACGGGGAGUGGGUGCAGAAGGGCUGCUCAUACUGCAGGUGUGGGUAUGGAGUGCUGCACUGCUUCCCUGAAGUCUUUCAUGGAGAUUGUGACGACUCUCAGGAAGUGCGCUGGUUUCGCUCGGCUGCUUCCAGAACACUGUGGACCGGGUCCCUCCUGUGCCUGGCGCUCCUCCUUUCAUUUCUGCUUUGAAGAAGAAUUGAAGAAGACACCGGGACUGUCUUUUUCUCUCUCUAUCUCACUCUCUAUAUCUAUCUUUCUAUCUCUCUCUCUCUCUUUCUGUGUGUUUUUAACCCAGUUCAGUGUGUUUGGCCCAGUUUGACUCAGAGCCGACCGUGGAAAGACUGUAUGAAGAAGAUAAUGAAGAAGAGCAGAUUUAAGAGCCUAUAUAUCUAUAUAUUUUAGUUUUUUUUUUUUUCUUCUUCUUUAAGGCAGCAUUUAUUGGCAGCACUGAAAUGUAUUUUACUUCCGGUGGAAGUUGGACAUGUAGGCGUGUUCAAAAACAACUGUUUUAAUGUGAAUGAAGGACCCUGUAUAUAGGAGUUAUAUUGAAAAUACGUUUAUUGUACUGUAUAUUGUAUUGUGUUGGUGUACAGUUUUUCCUCAUGAGAUGUUUUCUUCUCUUUUUUUUGUAUUUGUUGCGUUUAUAAAGAAAGCAGUAUUCCAGAAAA